AUGCACACAGUAUAUCGUGGCACUAAGUGCGACUUUUCUGGCAGCGAUGGAGAUGAGCAUCACUCCACAGGAUAUACCCGACCAAGCAGCACUUCGAUAGCGAUGUCGACCGUCCGUGCCAGAUUUGUCGAAAGCAACGCGGUCAACGCCCCCGUGGUGGCCCAUGUCAAGGGAAUCAAACCCAUUGAUCAAGCCCGCGCUGAAGCUAUCUUAACCAAGUUCAUCAACACCACUGAGAGUAUCUCUACCGGUGCUAUUGCCCCUACUGAAGCUGCCGCCUUUGCCAACACUGGAAUGUCCACUUCUGCUGGAAAAAACCCAGUUUUGGGACAAUUAAGAAGAGUUCAAAGAGACCUCAGAGGGUUGCCUCCUCUUCUGGCAGACCUCGAGUUCAAUUCUAACAAGAGACCGAGCGAGACCAGCGAGCCUGCCCAGAAUAAGAAGAUCAAGUUCGAUGAUAGCGACGAUGAAAGCGCUCUUCCUGAGAAGGUAGAGGUGGAAAGCACGAACGAGCAGGAAUCUGCGGACGAGGCUGAGAGCUCACAGGUUGAGAACAGCGACGAAGAUGAGGAAACAGAGGUGAGAGUGGAAAAGGAGGAGAAGAAGGCAAAGAAGGAGAAGAAGAGCAAAAAGGAGAAGAAGCCAAAGAAGGAGGAAAGCGACGACAGCGAGUAA